GUCGAAGAAAGACUUCGGACCAUCAAAAGCAUUAUUCAAGACCGAAUAUAUCUACGAAACGAAGAGUAAUUCUGCGAGUCUGGGUAUAUCUAUUGAUAGGGAAUCAUGGCUUCUAUACUGGCAAUGGGCGCUGGUGUGGCGGUGGCUGCGUUUUUGGGCAGAGCAGGGCUUGUGGCAUUACGGCGAUCGCGAGGAGAGGCCGUUGGCGCGCUGGGGAAAGCGUUUUACAAGGGUGGAUUCGAGCCUAAGAUGAACAAGAGAGAGGCAUCUCUCAUCCUACAGCUAAGCGAGCGUCAACUUACCAAGGAGCGGAUACGGAAGAAUCACCGAACGCUCAUGAUGUUGAAUCAUCCCGAUCGAGGCGGAAGUCCAUACCUAGCCACAAAAGUCAACGAAGCGAAGGAAUUUUUGGAGAAGAAUGGUUGAGCGGUCGAAUCGAGCGGAGAAUAUGUAUAUCAAUGUAAUAAUGUACGAUACUGGAGGUUUGAAGCAUCAGCGUUGGCGUUCAGCGACAUUUGGAUUUGGAGGGUUAAUGAAUGCCAUGAAGGGCAGAUCUCUUCUCUGAAAGAAUCAAUUCUGGUCAGUUUGUUUCAAGUCUAGGCUCAUCUAU